CUCUAGUCGACGCGAUUGUUUUGAUUACAUUUGUAAACACAAUUCUUUAGUUUCUUUUAGAUUCAACCAAUUAUUCAAAAUGACGGAGUACUGGAAAUCCAAUGAACGCAAGUUCUGCGACUUUUGCAAAUGCUGGUUGAGCGACAACAAGGCGAGCAUCGCCUUCCACGAAAGUGGCAAACGGCACAAAAUGAAUGUGGCCAAGAGGAUCACAGACAUCAGCCGCAGCAGCGAGAAAUCCGAGAGGGAGCGCCAGAAGAUGGAUGCCGAGAUCCGAAAAAUGGAGGAGGCAGCCAUGAAGUCGUACGCUCAGGAUGUCCACGCUCGCGGGGACAUGACCGCCCGCUCCAUAAGCACUGUGAUGAGGGCCACGGCCGGCGCCUCGAGUAGCUCUGCGAGUUCCCAUUCCGCCGGCAGAUCUCGUCAGGUAGAUCCCAUGCGGCUGGAAGGAGACUCAGAUGAGGAGGAGGACAACAGAAGAGUUACCGUGGGAAAGGUGGGGACCGAUGCCACUGCACCUGAUGCGUCCCUGUGGGUGGAAGGAAAAUCAGAUGAGGGCCACACCUACUACUGGAACGUCAAGACAAACGAAUCUGUGUGGGAGAAACCCAAAGAGGGAUUUCUCUCCUACGAGGAGUAUGAGCGGAUCAACCAGCUGGCCAUGGACCAGCAGCAAAUCUCCCAGGAACAGGAAUCCCUGCGGUUUCGCGAGAACGCUGACGAGGAAGUGGCACGGGUAAAUCGGGAGCGAAUGAAAGCUUUCCGUAAGCCAGAGAAUCCCAAGGAGAAGAAGCAAAAGGAGGAGAAGCGACAGACAUUCAAGACCGAGGAGGAAGCGGCCACCAAGGAGAUCGGUCAGUGGCAGACCGUGGAAGUCAAACCUCCUGAGGCCCCCAUCGACUGGCAGCUGCCCCAAACAGACUACUACAAUACUGCUCCAGUGAUUUCUGCUCCUUCCGAAGCCGAGCCACCUGUAAAGCGCUUCAAGGAGAAGACCAUAUCGGGUCUGGACGAGGAGGCUGCCUCCAGUGCCCCCGCCACUUUCAAAAGAAAGUUUAUCAAAAAGGGAAAUAGCCGUCAAAGGGUAGACGAUUGAAAGCUACAUAGUUAAAAAUAAAGUAAUCUUUAGAAAAAUA